UUACUGCUCUUUUUUCCCCGAUCCCAGGCAGCAGCUGUCGGAGGAGGAGCUGAGCCGGAUCGAGGACGCCUGUGAUAUGGCCCUGGCCCUGAGCGGGGCCAAGCUCCGCAUCUACGAGUACGUGGAGUCCCGGAUGUCCUUCAUCGCCCCCAACCUCUCCCUCAUCCUCGGGGCCUCCACGGCCGCCAAGAUCAUGGGGGUCGCAGGGGGUCUCACCCCCCUCUCCAAGCUGCCGGCCUGUAACAUCCUGCUGCUGGGGGCCCAGCGUCGGACCCUCUCGGGCUUCUCGUCCACGUCGGUGCUGCCCCACACGGGCUUCAUCUACCACAGCGACAUCGUGCAGUCCCUGCCACCGGUGGGUUCCCUUCCCAGAUUUGGGGGG